GUUCGUAGUAUUCGCUGGUAACGCACCCCACAUUUCACUCCCCAAGAAACGCGAGGCAGAGAGAGAGAGAGAGCAACCGCACGCACGGAGGGAGAUGAAGGCGGAGAAGGCAGCGGUGGCCGCGGCCGUCGGCGGAGGAGGCGACGAGUGGCGGUGCCGGAAGCACCCCGCGGCGAGAUCCGGCGGCGGGGUGUGCCCGUACUGCCUCCGCGACCGGCUGCUGCGCCUCUGCCCCAACUGCGCGCGCGUGCGGCCCUGCCCCUGCACCUGCGCCUCCCCGUCCUCCUCCUCCUCGGCGUCCGGCGACGCCGUGGGCCGGGUGCACAGCCUCAUCGAGCGGGAGCACCGGGUGGCGCGCUCGCGGUCCGUCGCCGCGUCCUCCUCCGCCGCGAUGGCCUCCGUCGCCACCGCCGCCUCCGGGAGGCGAAAGGCGAGGGUCUGGGGGUGGACGCCGUUCUGGAAGUCCUCUGCCAAGGACGGAUGCGCCGCGCCGGAGGAGGACGAGGAGGAGGAGAGACUGGGGCUGGCGAGGUCCAGCUCGGUCUCCGCGACGGCCGUGGAGGCCAAGGCGGUGGCGGCCAAGGCGGCGGCGACCAAGGCGCGCUGGGGCUGGCACUUCCCCAGCCCGAUGAAGGCGUUCCGGCAGCACCGGAGGUCGUCGGCGAGCAUGCCGGAGCGGGGGUGAGAUUCCUCGCCACCAGUGGGGUGGGGUGGGGGAUCCGUCUGCUGCUUUUAGGAAGGUGGUUAUAAUAUUAAUCAAUUAACUAUAUGGAAUGGAGGUUCUUCUUUUUCACUUUUGUGGCUCGCGUGCUAAUGUUAUGCUAUGAUGAUGAUUAAGCUAGACUAAAACCAAAAGCCUGUGAUUUUGGGCGCCUGAAUGCACUCGAUUACUCUU